AUGGAGGAGUGGAUUCCGCUGUUGGACAUAAUCCUCAAGAGCCCGUCGCCGGAAACCGAGGCGUCGCUCUGGUUAGAUGAAGCUUCCAUCUCUUUGCUCUCCUCCUCCUCGUCUUCCUCUUCUUCUUCUUCUGCUUCUUCUUCAUCUCCGAUCAACCGUAGCUCCUUCGUUUCACUCCUGAAGAAACAAUGCGAUGUAAUCGAUCAGACUCCGACGGCAAAGAAGGUUCUUUUCAUUGAGACAUUACCCAAUAUGGUCCAGAGCAGGAUUCUAUCUCUCCUUAUUUCCGAGUAUCGGAGGUUUUGCGUCAGGGAUUUGGUUUCGCUGGCGAGGGAAAUCCUGGGCGGUGGUGGUAAAGAGGUCGAUUUCUGGGUUCAGAGAGCUGCACAGAACCUGCUCGACAGAAUUCCUGAGCCAAAAUUUGAUUGGAUCUCUCGUCUAGAUUUGGAUUCGGCUGAUGACGACAGCAUUUCUGAGAAGUUUGACUCUUUACCUGAUUGGCUCAGCGAGAAGGCUGCUUCGACUGGACCAGCUCUUCCAUGGCUUCCGAUAUCAUGCGCUGCUGAUGUAAAGUCAGACACGCCGGUUGUUGAUUCUUGGAAUGGAAAUGAGAUGAUGAGUCAAAUCAGAGAGAACAUGGAAGAAGAUGAUCGAGAAGUUGAGGAUGACAUUGAUGAUACCAUACACGUUGCGUUACAGCCUGAUGAUCAUGAAAUGGCUGCGAAUCUUAGAGCUCGGAUUACAAGCUUUGAGUCUACUUCUGAAGCUUUAACCUUGUGUGAUGAAAUCCGGAAACUUUGCCUGGAGAAAGGUAAGGAUUCUCUGAAAGUUUUGGCUCUCAUUGAGCCUUGGCAUGCAGAUGACGAGACUGCUGCGGUUUUGCUUUCGAAUUUGCAUAGUGGAAGUGAGGAAGAAGAGCUUGGUUGGGCAAGCCAGAUUCUAUGUUCUGUCGUGCUUCCCAAGUUUUUAUCUCUUGAGAAAUCCGCCUCUCGUGUGUUGAUGUCUGCAACGAUCGAGUUUUGCAAGAUCCACCAAAGAGCAGCUGAGUAUGGUUUGGUGUUUCCUUUGAUACUCAGGAGAGAAGGGAUCAACAGCUUCAUCUGUGAGGUUAUCUCAAGGGUUUUGAAAGAAUGCUGGCACUUGGGUCACAUCUCUGCCUUUUGCCAGAAGCUACUCUGUGGAAGAAGAGAAGAGAAGAGGAGGUUUCUGUUCCUUCCCUGCCACCGAGAGCUUAUAGCUGAUGAUCCAACUUGGAAUGAAUCACUGUUUGUCCUUUUCCAGAACAUAUUGGUCCACGACGUCCCUUUAACACAAGGCUCCGUUGAUUGUCUUGUUUCUAAAGUUCAGGAGUUGGCCGAAAGGUAUUCCAAAUCUUUGAAAUUUGGAAACUUCUUGCUACAUUUUAUUGCCAAAUGCGCUCCGAUGCUACAGGCUCAUAAGUAUCCGCUGAUAGGAUCUGUUAAGAACACUAACAGUCUAGUUACGAAAUCUAUCUUAUCAAAACUCAAUGCUCUGUAG